AUGAUCAAGGAUAAAGUAGAUCCUACUUUCGUCACAUGUGCCGUUUUAAUUGAUGGCCAUGCUAGAAUUAGAGAAUUGGAUUUUUCUAGAAAACUUUUAACAGAGCUUAUUUCUCAUGGAACUAGUAUGAAUCAAAUAACCUAUAAUAAAGUAUUAAGUCCUGAUAUAUUUACUCCUUUGAUGGACGCUUAUGCAAAACAAGGACUGGCUGAACCUGCAAGGGCAAUAUUUGAAGAAAUGACAACAGUAGGAGCAAAGCAUAAUUUAUAUGUAUAUACUAUACUUAUGGAUGCAUAUUAUCGUGGUCAUAAGUAUGAAGCUGUGUGGCAGAUGUGGAAAUUGACGAAAAAAAUUUUCGUGACUCCUUUAUCGAAAUCAAAAAUAUACGAACAAUUAUUAGAUUUACAACAAAAUGAACAAAAUGAACAUAAAGAAAAUUCUUCAUUAGCGGAGUCAAAUGGAAAAAUUGGAUUAGCCUGUAAAUUAUUGAAUGAACAUUUAGUUAAAGGUUGGGAAAAGGGUUUAGCUCUUUCAAAUAUUUAUGAAGAAAAAUUUUCUACGCAAAGGAAAGUUAAUAAAAAGAUUACUCAAUAUUUAAAAGAACUUAAAGAAGAAUUUCCCGAAGUUUUUUAUAUUACUCGGGAAUUUGCUAAAUCCUGUAAAUUAAAUAAGUUCAAAUGUUAUCAAGAUAGAAGUCAUAGCGGAUAG